CACUUUUUAGAAAUCAAUGAGAUAGUGCAGAUACACACAGAUCUAGAGGCUCCAGGAGACGAUGCGACACUCAGCCUGAAAAGAUUUGGAAGAUCCAAAAUGAAAACUGAUUAUUGAAUGAAAUUAAAACCUAAGGUAAAUUAGGUUAAAGAACCAUGUUGACACUACCGUUUGACGAGUCUGUCGUAAUGCCCGAAUCCCAGAUGUGCAGAAAGUUUGCUAGACAAUGCGAGGACCAGAAACAAAUUAAGAAACCAGAGAGCUUUCCAAAACAAGUUGUCCUUCGAGGAAAGAGCAUUAAAAGGGCCCCUGGAGAAGAAACCGAGAAAGAAGAGGAGGAGGAAGACAGAGAGGAAGAAGAUGAAAACGGCUUGCCCAGAAGGAGAGGUCUCAGGAAAAAAAAGACCACCAAACUACGACUGGAAAGGGUAAAGUUCAGGAGACAGGAAGCCAAUGCGCGCGAGAGGAACCGGAUGCACGGCCUCAAUGAUGCUCUGGACAAUUUGAGAAAAGUGGUCCCCUGUUACUCUAAAACCCAAAAACUGUCCAAAAUAGAAACUUUACGGCUGGCCAAAAAUUACAUCUGGGCACUUUCUGAAAUUCUGAGGAUUGGCAAGAGACCGGAUCUGCUCACGUUCGUCCAAAACUUAUGCAAAGGUCUUUCCCAGCCAACUACAAACUUGGUGGCAGGCUGCUUACAGCUCAACGCCAGGAGUUUCCUGAUGGGUCAGGGUGGGGAGGGUGCCCACCACACAAGGUCGCCCUACUCCACAUUCUACCCACCAUACCACAGCCCUGAGCUGGCCACUCCCCCAGGGCAUGGGACUCUUGAUAAUUCCAAGUCCAUGAAACCCUACAAUUACUGCAGUGCAUAUGAAUCCUUCUAUGAAAGUACUUCCCCUGAGUGUGCCAGCCCUCAGUUUGAAGGUCCCUUAAGUCCUCCCCCAAUUAACUAUAAUGGGAUAUUUUCCCUGAAGCAAGAAGAAACCUUGGACUAUGGCAAAAAUUACAAUUAUGGCAUGCAUUACUGUGCAGUGCCACCCAGGGGUCCCCUUGGGCAGGGUGCCAUGUUCAGGUUGCCCACCGACAGCCACUUCCCUUACGACUUACAUCUGCGCAGCCAAUCUCUCACUAUGCAAGAUGAAUUAAAUGCAGUUUUUCAUAAUUAAUGAGUAAAAUGAAAAUAAACAGUGGUCAUUCACCUCCCACUCUAAUUAAGACAAAGCAGAUGCUUGUGGGCUGAGUAAUUGGCACAACUCUAUCUAAGGUGUUUACUAGUUUCUGAAGUGUGUUUCAAAGAUUGUGAACAUUUUCUAUGUCAUAAUAAAUCUCUUUUCGUAUGAGAACUUCUUUUCCUUCCCUCUUGUCUGUAUUACACUGUGAUUCUCUCUCUCUUACUGGCAGGAUUUUUCUUUUUUGUUUUAGUUUCUUUCAAAUUCAUUUAAUUUGCUUGAACAAGGUGUCUAAGACUAUGUUGCUGAAUAAAGAGAUGCACACCGCAUAGUUCAAUGUCUAUUUCAGUUGUACAGUUAUGAUGAAAUGCAUGUUAUAAAAAUCAGAUGAGUAAAAUGUGUUUAUAAUUACUAGGACUCCUAUAUGUAUCUCUGAAAAUUUAGUUUUUAAAAUAUAAAAGAGCUAACCAUGAAAUUAAAAGAUGCGUUUGAGGGUGUACAACAAUAUCAAAAGCUAUGCAAUUUUCUGUUUAUUAGGGACAAAACUAAAUGUAUUCUCUUGGUAAUAACUAUUCCUCUUCAAGCAUUUUCAGAAGAGGAAACACAGUAUUUUGGGGAAGGUUAUCAAUGUCAUCAUUUGGGGACAAUUAAUUCAAUCAUGAAGAAAAAAAUAUUAGCACUUGCUUUUAAUUGUUCGGGAUUUUUCUGUACAGGUUUGUUAUAGUGUAUAAUUGUGUUUUCCAUCUUACAGUUUAAAAGUAAUUAAACAUAGAUAUUUCCACUU